AUGAAUAAUCUAUAUUCGUAUAAACCUUUAACAGUGGGCCACUUGAGAAUAAAAUACGUCUGCAGAAGUGUCAAGUUUGAAGAACCAAGCAAUGGCUUUGCUUUGGUGGGUCAUGUCUUUGUGAAUAUUACGUUAAUCACUAGAGCACACAUGAAUAACCACUGCAAAAAUCAAUGUAUCAUGGAAAAAAGGUGUCGAUCGAUCAACAUAGAAAUACAAGUCUCGAUGGUAAACGAAGCAGUACUAUUGGAGCCAUUCAUUAUACUCGAUUAAAAUGUCAAAAAAAUUCUGAUAUGGUCAUAGUCUUGGCUGGAUGACAAAUGUGAAAAAAAAGUAUAAAAUGAUAAACUUUGACAAAACUUUAGACUCAAAGGUAGAAUGAAAACUAUGAGUAUACAAGGUUCCAUCUAACAACUUAUAUAAUCUUUCUUACGGAAACCAAAAUAGCAAAAGCAAAAAAAGUUAAAAAGGAAAAAUUUAGCUUAGCUACAACGAUAUCAAGUACCCGUGGCUUGCAUCCAAACAUAUCAAUUAUAAUAUAUGACUAAUAGGAAAAUAUGUUGUUUUAAUCCUCAGGAAAAUUGUGAUAUGGCGAUGAAAUGCCAAGCAAGU